AUGAUCUCUUCUUCUCUCUCACUUUCCUCUUCUGAUCUAUCUAUCUAUCUAUCUAUCUAUCUAUCUAUCUAUCUAUCUAUCUCAGUCUGCUUAUAUCCAUCUAUCUAUCUAUCUAUCUAUCUAUCUAUCUAUCUAUCUAUCUAUCUAUCUAUCUAUCACAGUCUGCUUAUAUCUAUCUAUCUAUCUAUCUAUCUCACUCUUUACAUAUCUCUAUAUCUCACUCUUUACAUAUAUACCUAUCUCACUCUUGCCAUAUCUAUCUAUCUAUCUAUCUAUCUAUCUAUCUAUCUAUCUAUCUAUCUAUCUAUCAAAAAUUUAAAUUCAAUGUUGUUAUCUUCCUUUACCAGAAUUGAGCGUCAGUCUUUUCUUUACUACUUUAUCCGAAUUCGACUCUCUCUCUCUCUCUCUCUCACCCACUCACUUACUCACUCACUCUCUCUCAUUCGCUCACUCACCCACUCUAUCUCUCUCACACUCACUCACUCACUCACUCUGUCACGCACUCACUCAAUCUCUCGAUAUAUAUAUAUAUAUAUAUAUAUAUAUAUAUCACUCACUCACUCAUUGUCUCUAUCUAUCUCGCUCUCACCCAUUCACUCUCUCUUACUUACAAACUUUCUCACACGCACUCACUCACUCUCUAUCUCUCUUGCUCUCUCACUCACUCACUUACUCUCUCUCUCUCUCUCUAUCUAUCUAUCUAUCUAUCUAUCUAUCUAUCUAUCUAUCUAUCUCAUUCUCUCUAUAAAUCUCUCGUAUGUUGAUUAUCUAUAUCCCUUACUUUCUAUUUCUUUCUUUUAUCAAUUCUUCCGGCUUUUCUUUCUGUUUUCUUUCAUUCCUCCUCUACGUACCUUGACUAUUUUUUUGUCUCUCGCUGUUUAUACCUGUCCUUACCAUUACAUAAUCUCUACCUUUUCUUUCUUUCUUUCUUUCUUUCUUUCUUUUUUCUCCGGUUUCUUUCUUUCUUUCUUUCUUUCUUUCUUUCUUUCUUUCUUUCUUUCUUUCUUUCUUUUUUUCUCCGGUUUGUCUCUUUCUUUCUUUCUCCGGUUUGUCUCUUUCUUUCUUUCUUUCCGGUUCAUCUCUUUCUUUCUUUCUUUCUUUCUUUCUUUUCUUUUCCUGUUUGUCUCUUUGUUUCUUUCUUUCUUUCUUUCUUUCUUUCUUUCUUUCUUUCUUUCUUUCUCCUGGAUUUUCAUUCUUUUUUUCAUACAUUUUUCUUUCUUUCUUUCUUUCUUUCUUUCUUUCUUUCUUUCUUUCUUUCUUUCUUUCUUUCUUCGUCUUUUUCUUUCUUUCUUUCUUUCUUUCUUUCUUUCUUUCUUUCUUUCUUUCUUUCUUUCUUUCUUUCUUUUACACACCCACACUCACAAAUAUGCGCACACGCAUCUAAUCACCACAUCUGUAGUUAGUUCGCUAAAACAUCAUUCUUCUCUGACUGCUCGGAGCGGCACUUCAGGCGAACUUUCCAACCUAUCUAGACAGUUUUCUUUAAUUGUUCCUUUCAUGUCCUUCUUCUUCUUCUUCUUCUUCUUCUUCUUCUUCUCCUCCUCCUCCACUUCUUCUUUUGCCUGCUCCUCCUGUUCCUCCUCCGCCUCCUUCUUCUUCCUCCUCCUUCUCCUGUUCCUCAUCUUCUACUUCUUCUUCAUCUUCUUAUUCUUCAUCAUCUUCUUUUUCCUCCUCCUCCUCCUCAUCUUCUUCUUCUUCUUUCUUUUCCUCCUCCUCCCCCUGAUCUUCUUCUUCUUCUUCUUCUUCUUUUUCUUCUUCUUCUUUCUUUUCCUCCUCUUCCUGAUCUUAUUCUUCUACUUCUUCUUCUUCUUCCCCAUCUUCUUGUUCUUGUUGUUUCUCCUCAUCUUCUUGUUCUUGUACUUUCUUUCUUUCUUUCUUUCUUUCUUUCUUUCUUUCUUUCUUUCUUUCUUUCUUUCUUUCUUUCUUUCUUCUCCUCCUGAUCUUGUUCUUCUUCUUGUUCUUCUACUUUCUCCUCUUCUUCUUCUUCUUCUUCUUUCUUUCUUUCUUUCUUUUUUCCUUCUCCUCCUGAUCUUGUUGUUGUUGUUGUUCUUCUUCUUCUUCUUCUUUCUCCUUAUCCUCCUCUUUUUCUUCUUCUUCUUCCAAGACAGCAAAAAGAUUUCUAAAUUGCUUGGUUCUAUUUUUCUAUCUAUCUAUCUAUCUAUCUAUGCCUAUCUUUUAUCAUCCAUCUAUCUAUCUAUCAAUCUAUCUCAUUCUUCGUUUUAUUCUCAUCUACUAUCUAUCUAUCUAUCCUAUCUAUUUCUGACCUAUCUAUCUAUCUAUCUAUCUAUCUAUCUCUGCGUGUUUGUAUCUAUCUAUCUAUCUAUCUAUCUAUCUAUCUAUCUAUCUAUCUAUCUAUCUAUCUAUUUCAGCGUGUUUGUAUCUAUCUCUCUAUCUUAUCUCUGCGAUGUUUGUAUCUAUCUAUCUUGUCUAUCUAUCUAUCUAUCCAUCUAUCUAUCUAUCUAUCUAUUUUGCAUUGAAGGAAUAUUUGGCAUCAAUCUAUCUAUCUAUCUAUCUAUCUAUCUAUCUAUCUAUUUAUCUAUCUAUCUCAUCGUGUUACAACAUCUAUCUAUCUAUCUAUCUAUCUAUCUAUCUAUUUCAGCGAGUAUUCUAUCUAUCUAUCUAAUGCUGUUCAUUAUCUAUCUAUCUAUCUAUCUAUCUAUCUAUCUAUCCCUGUUCAUUAUCUAUCUAAUGUUGUUCAUUAUCUAUCUAUCUAUCUAUCUAUCUAUCUAUCUAUCUAUCUAUUUAUCUAUCCAACCCUGUUCAUUAUCUAUCUAUCUAUCUAUCUAUCUAUCUAUCUAUCUAUCUAUCUAUCUAUCUAAUGCUGUUCGUUUUCUAUCUAUCUAUCUAUCUAUCUAUCUAUCUAUCUAUCUAUCUAUCUAUCUAUCUAUCUAA